GGAACCUGAGCAAAAGGGAAGGAAAAACGAUACUUCAUACACAAAUUUUUGCAAGACAGGUUGAUGACUGACGGGAGGGAUGGGAUGCCCCCAAUGCCGGUAUUCGGCAUCUUCUUGUGUGUGUUUGCUGGGGAAGUGGAGGGGGCAAGGCAAUUUAAUCAUAUCCAUCGUGACUGCUCGAAGGGUCCUAGUUCGUCCCAAGAAGGGUUAAGAUGAAGCUGGGUCCCUCCCCGCGUAGGCCAAAACAACUCUCUGUUGCAUCAUUUUAUUUUAUUUUAUUUUUUUUUUAAAAAAAAAAACUUUUAUUACUGAGUGGUCUUGGUUGUUUGCUGUUGUUGUUUUGUUUGUCAUCAUCAGACGAAAGGGUUCCAUCGUCGAGCAGCGGUGACGACUGCCGAGGUCGACUAGUAAAGGGUAGUGAUCCCUGACGAGUGACUGACUGUAACGACCGUGAUUCAACAUCACCUUUACACCUUUUCAGUAUCUCACAGUCGCGGAAUUAUUGCCGGGAGGAAAGGAAUUCAACAAUGGCGACAACAACAACAACAACACCAACGACAACGACAACAACAACAGACGAAAAGACUGCCAGAUAUGAGAGGACAGACGAUGAAGACAGGUCAUCAUCGCGGGACUCAUUGUCCUCUUCAAUCAAAGGCCCAACGCUAGAACCCAUCCGUCCCGCAUCCCGAAUCAGUCGGAAAAGUCACGCCAGCCAGAACAGAUUGUCGCUUCACCGGGAGAGGUCGAAUAACGGGUAUGGGGUUGAUGAUUUGGUAGACCGCUCAUCGGAGGAAGAUGGUGUUGCUGGUGGUGGUGGUGGUGGUGACAUUGAGGCUGUUUCUUCUCAGGUUGAUGCCCCGGACGCGUUGACUGAUCCGUACGAGGUUACGUGGGAUGGGGGGGAUAACGACCCGAUGUGUCCAAGGAGUAUGCCGCAGUGGAGGAAGUGGUUAGUGAUUUUUAUCACCUCGGUGGGAUCGUUUUGUGUAACGAAUGGUUCGGCGGUUUACACCGCUUCUUAUGCGGACAUGAUGUCCGAGUUCAACAGCAGCCGGAUUGUUGUCACGCUUGGGUUGUCGUUUUAUGUCCUGGGGAUUGCUCUCGGUCCGUUUUGGUCGCCGCUGGCCGAGUUUUAUGGCCGACGACCCAUCUACCUCGCGUCAUUUUUGUUCUUCAUGAUCUUUCUGAUUCCUUCGGCGCUGGCGAAGAAUAUCCAGACCAUGAUCGUCUCGAGAUUCUUCCAGGGUUUGGCUGGGAGUGCGUUCUUGUCUGUGUCUGGGGGUACGGUUAGCGACAUGUUCACCCACGACAAGAUGCUCAUGCCCAUGGCGAUUUUCUCACUCUCACCAUUUGUUGGACCGUCGACUGGGCCGCUGAUUGGAGGUGUGAUGGUGAUGUUUGUUCAGUGGAGGUGGAUGCAUUAUUAUCUGCUUAUUUUGAGCGGGGCCUUGUUUUUGAGCAUUGCGUUGCUUGUGCCGGAGACGUACCAUCCCGUUCUGUUGAAGAGAAAGGCAGCGAGAAUCAGAAAGGAGACGGGUGACGAGAGGUAUUAUGCGCCGAUUGAGCGGUCGACAAAGUCGAUUCCAAAGACUGUUGGUCUUUCGCUGUUGCGACCGUUCCAGAUCCUGAUGUUUGAGCCCAUGGCUUUGAUCUUGAAUAUAUACACUGCCAUGCUCUUGGGCCUGCUGUAUCUCUUCUUUGGAGCGUUUCCACUGAUCUUUACGACGAAUCAUGACUUCAACCUGUGGCAGGUUGGGUUGACGUUUACGGGGUUGUUGGUGGCCAUGAUUAUUGCCUGCUGCGUCACGCCGCUGUGGAACAACUUUCGGCAUACGUUGAAGGAGAGGAGGAGGAGGAGGACGGGGGUGCUGAAGGAUGAGCCUGAGGAUCAACUGCCGCAGGUUAUUGUGGGCGCGCCGCUCAUUACGGGGGGGUUGUUUUGGUUUGGGUUUACGAGCACGCCCGAGAUUCAUUGGAUUGUGCCGUUGAUUGGGUCGGGGGUUUUUGGACUUGGGAUGUCGUUCGCUUUUACGGGGGUAUUUACCUUUCUGGUCGCAGCCUACCCGCGGUACGCAGCCAGUGCUUUGGCAUCUAAUGCUUUGGUGCGGUGUUCAUUUGCUGCCGCCUUUCCGUUGUUUGGGUACCAGAUGUAUGAGGCGCUGGGGUUCCAGUGGGCGACGGGGUUGUUGGCCUUUAUUACUUUGGGAUUGAUGCCUUUUCCGUAUAUAUUUUUCAGGUAUGGGAGAAGGAUUAGGGAGAGGAGUCGGUUUGCUAGUGCUACGUAGGGGUUUGGGGGGUUAAAAGGGGGGAUGGGAUAUAGACUAUUGCCUGUGUUUAAUGGAUGAUGUAGACAUUGUGGUGUAAUGGCAGAUAUUAGAUGAGCGACCUUUUAUUGAGAGAUGGAUUGGACGAGUGAUGUUUUGGUCGCUGUGGGGGUUGGGAAAGUCCUGGCUGGCUGGCUGGCUUGUUGCCCAGACGAAAAAAGAAGGUGGUUGAUGGGAGCUCCCGCCCGUUUCUGAGACAUUUCACUGACACUAGUUGAGAGCUAAGAGAUUAAUUUCCCCCGCGAAGAGAA